CGUGUAGCUACUACAUAGCAGCAGCAACGAGUGUCGGCUUCGAAAAGUUCUAUUACUAAAGCAUAAAAUAUUUGAAAAAAAAAAAAUAGGAACAAUAAAAUAAUAGUCAAUCGCGCGGACCGUUGCCCAUCGUGAAUGAAUUUAUCGAAAGUGAUACCAUAGUGGAACGUUGAAUAAUCGGAUAUUGGUGUGCUAUUUGAAAAUAGGACAAUUUUCUGUUGCAAAAACUGUGAAAAUCAAGGACUGAUAAAACACAAAAAAAAAAUUCAUCAGAUUAAAAGAGAAUAAGUGGACAGUUGAAGUGAAAGGAAGCUAAUCACAAAAUCUGAUCAACCAGAUUGUUGGUGGUGUUGGACAAAGCAACAAAACUCAGAAUGAUUACCCAUUGGAAUUUCCUGCUCGGCUUGGGACUGCUAAUUUUAGCCCCGGCGCUGGCUCGGCCGGAUCCUUAUCAGUCCGAACUGAACCCGAAAGCCGAAAUUCCCGGCGAAGUACUGUACAACGAGCUGGUCGAUGAUCUGCAAAAGGUGCAACAGGAUAUCACCUACCUGCGGAUUCUGGGAGCAGCGGCCAUUCGGCAGCAGCGGGAGCAUGUACUGCCUCCGCUACCUGGUGUACCUGUUUCGGAGGAGGACGACCUGCUGGUCGAAAGUCCUGACAGACAACUUAAUCGAAUAAAUAAUACACCAAAGUUGGUGCAAAAUCAAAAGGCUAAGGACGACAAAAAAAGUAAUCACUAUAUGUCACUGUGCCACUUUAAGCUGUGCAAUAUGGGACGCAAGCGCAACACAAGAUUCUUGCAUUUCUUCAAGUAAACGAGAACUGACCGAUCGGACAAAGAUACUCAAGCAAAGGCACUUGCUGUUGGCUCUCUUGCUAAAAACGCCUAUUUUUCGCCAUCGCCCUCGCCCUUUCCGGAACCAAUGAAACCUGCUUAAUCGCCACACAUUAAAAAAGCCUCAACUCACUCCCGCAGUUCCCGCCGUAAUUCGUUGGAACUAACACGCUACCUGGUAUAAAUCUCAGCGAACUCGCACUCAGUACUUUUAUCUACUCGCAAACUCAACAACAAAAGAAAAAAUUCCACAGGAAAGCUCCCAAUGGUUUAGUCAUAAUUGUAUUAGUAAAAUGUCUACUUUAGUUCAAUGGACGAAAAGUAUUGAAUUUUUUUGAAUACAUGUUUUAUUUAAAAUCGUUAAUUUUAAUUGCAAACCAUCUCGCGGCACGCGCUCUCUCAUUCGAAUGUAGUAGCAGUCCAUCGGGGACGUCUAAUCGCCGAUCUACCGGCGGUAAUAUGUAUUAUUAGCAUUAAGGAUCACUCACAGAGGAAGCAAAACAAAGGAAAAAAAACUUAAUCAACUAUUGGCUCAAGACUAAACUGCAAAACUGAGAUAUUUUUGACCCACAUAUUUCACGCUCAAUAAUGUUACUUGUACUAAUAGCCAAAAUAAAUUAUAAAAUUUAAACUAGUGUCAGCUACUUACUUACUGUUGGAAAUAGUCACAUUUGAAGGAAACAAAAUUGAUGAAUGGCUGAAAAAAGAAACUAUCAACGAUUCGACGACGAUGUAAAUAAGCGUACGUAGCUGUGUAAUCUCGCCAAUACAGACGGACACAGAUUAAAUGUUGUUAUCAUUGUUAUCAUUAUCGCCGUUGAUUAUUAGUGCUCCAGGUUCUGGAGUCCAGGUCCAGUCCGGAAGCCCCAAGGCAGCCCGAAAGUCGCGCUAGUGUAAACGAGGAAAGAAAAUUGACUCUUCGGUAAGGCAAAUUAUUUAUUUGAAGACGAA